AUGCCCAUGGGCAUGGGCAUGCUGUUUGUACUAAAAUGCCAGUACAAGACCGAGAUGGUGGCACGGCUGGCAGAGCUCAUCGAGGACUGGGACACCGUCCGUGCACGAAAAGUCCAAAGAGGUUGCCGCGGCCUCAGCGAUGCAGGACAGGCGACAAUGCUGAACGUCACGGAGAUCUGUUCCCAGAAGUGGCGUAGAUUAGACGUUCAGACGGUCAUCAGGUGCUGGCUCAAGGCUGGCAUCCUUCCCAGGGAGGACUGCAACGUUCUCAAGGGCAUGGACACGCGGCUUGACCGAGAAGACAAGGACGACGCGGCAGUCAUCGACGGCCUUUGUGACAUGGUCUCGAAAAUGUCAAUGCCAGCUAUCGUAACGGACUAUAGAGCAGGAAGUCCGAACGACGGUCAAGACGUGGCUUACGGGGUAGGGGACGACCCCGAGGUGUUAGAAGAGGAGGUGGAGUUGGAAUUGCAGGCAGUAGGGAGGGAUCUCGCCGGCUUCGAAACGGACGAGGACGUACCGAGCGAGGAGUGCGACGGCGACGGCAGGCCGGAGUCGUGCACAACCUCGUCCAUCGACGGCGAGGGUAUCUCUCGCUUGGAGGACGUUCGAUCCUAUCUGUAUGCGAAGGGAAGGGGUGGCGAGUACCGUGAGACGUAGUACCUUCUUUCGAACACCGUUCAUUCGUAUACUCAUAACACUCAGCAGAGCCGUAGAGCCAAGCCGCGGGGGGAGGUUCAGGGAACUCUUCGCGAUAUGUAGAGGGAAAAGCCGUCGGUGUAGCUUGGUUUCCGCCGGGACAGUUGUAUGCACUGGUGUUCCUCGGUGGGAUACGCUCGUUUUUUUGUGUUUCACGAAAAUGAGAUCAAUAUAUUUCUACUUGGACUUUCCUCCUUCUUCCGCUGCCAGCGAAGCAGUUCAUUAGUUGGCCAAGUUCAAACUUGUGUGCUGUAUGUAGUUGUGUUCAACACGUCCCCGACUGCUGUACAUGUCAUUUUAAGUAUUCGAAGCCCGAUAAGGAUUCAGUUUCUGUCGCCGAUAUUCUCAGAACCUAUAUUCGAAGACGUCCCCACUUUUUUGACCCCACCAAAAAGUUACCCCACUUUCUGCGUUUCACUUGGUUCUUUAGGAGGCGAUCUCCGGUUUCCUGUCUUAAAGCAAGUUGUUUUCGCCGGUCGAUGUUUCUCGAAAUUGCAACGACAGAUUUUCGGGUGGGUUGGAAGAGGUGUCCCUCCUGGCCCGAUGGACCCCUCCUGUGAGUUUCGUGCUGAUGCUUGCGUCAGCUUGUGAGAACGCGUCCGUCGUUGUAUGUCUCAUUGGUAGAUCAACCCCGUGCGCGAACAACCGAACCACCCCUUCCUCAUCAUUACAUCAAUACCCCCAGUUGUACCCCCCCCACUGACUGGUCGUAAGUACCGCAGCAUUCACGAUGGGAAGGAUGCACGUCCAUGUUUGGUACAGAGUAUUGCACGAAAGUCGACAACAUAAGACACAGCCCUGUUAGCAAUGAGUGAAACGUGCCUCAAACUUUCGCCGAUCACCACUGAAGGCGAGGCAACAAGGCAGUGCUUGAAAGCAGAGCACAUCUCACCAGCGGAUGUUGUGUAUAGGAUUUGGUGUGAUAAUUUGUUUUCUCCUUCCAGACUGUGGACCACAGCAAUAUAGAGUAGUCUGUGGACCGCUCACCGCAGUCAGUAGUCAGCAUAUUCUAUUGACUUCCUUUCUUCCCCUCGCUGCCUCGGCAAGGUUUUGCGUAGGCAUGACCCAAGGCGAGGGGGGGGGUCUUGUUAGCGAGUAGGGCUAGACUCACCCUCAGGGGACCGAUACCUUCUUGCUGCGGAGCACCUGCCGCGAGGCGUGCGUAGUGGUGGAGUUGGGUCGGCACGGGUGCGUCAGGUGGUGACGAGCUGAUUGGGCUGGUUGACCCUUCGACGCGAGAAUCUUCAAACCGAGAACCCUAUGUGCGACGAGGGAGAAAGCGAGGAACAGACUGGGAAGGACAGCAACGAGAGCGUGUACGAAGCGGAGCGGGUCGAGUUUGGUCGUGCUAGGACUGGCCACAGCGGCACCGGAACAGCGGCACCGGAGCAGCGGAACCGGAGCAGGCGGACGGCAUCGAACCGUGGCGCACGGACAAACAUCUCUUGUAUUGUCAUUUAUUUUUCCGUUUAUUUCCUGAAUACAGGUGUUGGGUGUGUGUGAUGACGUCACUGGUUUUGUAGAGAGACACGGCAGAGAUGGCGCGGAUAAC